AUGACUUCCCUGCAACAUGUGAAUGGAAAAGUGAAGGGAAUCAGAGUUUCUGCGCAGAGCAAGCUGCAGAGUCUGGCUGCAGGCAUCACACAGGAGAUACAGCUGGGGGCAGAAAAACCUUUCCAGGAGGUGACUGAUGUCAGCUCAGGCGAUCCUCACCGAGCGGGGAUAAAACCUCUGUCGUUUGUUCGGCAGGUGCUGGCGCUCUGUCUGUACCCUCAGCUGCUGGAACACUCAAACUUCCCCGCGGACGUCGGUCAGCGAGCUCUCAGGAUGCUGGAGGCCUGCGAUGGAGGGAGCGUAGGUUCGUACACGCCCUCCUCUGGGAUGCUCUACUGCAGACAACGCAUCUCUGAAUUCAUCCGCAGACGGGACGGCGUCCCCUCCAGCCCCGGCGACGUCUUCCUCCCCGCUGGCUCCCAGAAGGCUCUGACGAAUGUCCUGAAGCUGUUGUGCAAGGGAGUGGAGGGUCACCCCCCGGCGGGCGUGCUGACCCCACGGCCCUGCCCGCACACCCUGCCCGCCCUGCUGGACGAGGCCGAGGUCACUCUGGCGCCCUACCAGCUGUCCGAGCAGCGAGGCUGGGCCGUGGACCUGGAGGAGCUGCGCCGAGCGGUGAAGGCCGCCCGCCGGCACUGCGAGCCCAGGGCCAUUUACAUCAGCAACCCAGGAAACCCCACAGGUCAUGUGCAGGACAGGGAGUCAAUAGAGGAGGUGAUUCGGUUCGCGGCAGCGGAGAGACUCGUACUGCUGGUUGAUGAGGUCUACCAGAACAGUGUGUUGGGACACGGCAGCGAGUUCAUCUCCUAUAAGAAAGUCCUGCUCAAGAUGAACAGAGAGCUGGUAGACACAGUGGAGCUGUUUUCCAUCCACUCGCUGUCCGGGGCCUACACUGGAGAGUGUGGUCUGCGGGCCGGGUACAUAGAGACAUUCAACAUGGACCCAAAGAUGAAGUAUUAUCUGGAUGUCAUCCUGUGUGGCGACAUUAGCACUCCGGUCACCGGACAGCUCGCUCUGGAUCUGAUGCUCAACCCGCCGACCCCUGGCGACGCCUCCUAUGAUACACACAUGCAGGAGACCCUCCAUAUCCAGACCACCCUGUGCCACAACGCUCAGAGGGGUCAUGAGCUCCUGAAUGAUCUACCAGGAAUGAGCUGUCAGCCAGCGAUGGGAGGAAUCUACCUUUAUCCCCGUCUGGACUUACCGUCUGGGUUUAUAAAACACGCAGAGAGCCUGGGAAUUGAAGCAGAUGUUCUGUACUGUCAAAGGCUUCUGGAAGAAGAGGGUGUGUUGGCAGGCGCAGGUCAGGAUAAUGGAACAGUCGACAGCCAUCAUCUGAGAUUAUGUUUCUUUGUUCCGUCUGCGACCUUUGAGACGGUCCUGGCUCGUCUCUGCUCCUUUCACCUCCACAUCAUGGAAACUGUGUAG